GCAGUCUGGGCCGCUGGGUGCAGAGGCUGCCACAGCGUCGGCGGCCAUCACCGCUUCCCCAAUCCUGAUACCCAUUGUUUCCCACCCUAUCCGGUUCUCUGCUUCCCCAACAACCAUGGCACACGAAGCCGGGAGGAGCUCUCGUCUCGGGGGGCCCUGCGGGGAGCCUGCGGAGCUCGGAGGUGAUGCUAACGAGGAAGACCACCCCCAAGUCUGUGCCAAGUGCUGCGCACAAUUCACUGACCCAGCUGAAUUCCUCGCUCACCAGAACGCAUGUUCUACUGACCCUCCUGUAAUGGUGAUAAUUGGGGGCCAGGAGAACCCCAACAACUCUUCCGCCUCCUCUGAACCCCGGCAGGAGGGCCACAAUAGUCCCCAGGUUAUGGACACAGAGCACAGCAACCCCCCAGAUUCCAUGUCCUCCGGGCCCACUGAUCCCACCUGGGGCCCAGAUCGGAGAGGAGCGGAGCCUUCAGGGCAUUUCCUGGUCGCUGCCACAGGUACAGCGGCUGGGGGAGGUGGGGGCCUGAUCUUGGCCAGUCCCAAGCUGGGAGCAACUCCAUUACCUCCAGAAUCCACCCCUGCACCCCCUCCUCCCCCUCCUCCUCUCCCUCCAAGUGUAGGCAGCGGCCACUUGAACAUUCCUCUUAUCUUGGAAGAGCUGCGGGUGCUGCAGCAGCGGCAGCUCCAUCAGAUGCAGAUGACUGAGCAAAUCUGCCGGCAGGUGCUGCUGCUUGGCUCCUUAGGCCAGACGGUGGGUUCCCCUGCCAGUCCCUCAGAGCUUCCUGGGACAGGAGCGGCCUCCUCCACCAAGCCCCUACUACCCCUCUUCAGCCCCAUCAAGCCUGUGCAAACUGGCAAGACACUGGCACCUUCCUCCUCCUCCUCCUCUUCCUCCUCCUCCUCCUCUUCCUCUUCUGGGGCAGAAACACCCAAACAGGCUUUCUUCCACCUUUACCACCCACUGGGGUCUCAGCAUUCCUUCUCUGCUGGAGGGGUUGGGCGAAGCCACAAACCCACCCCUGCCCCUUCCCCAGCUCUGACAGGCAGCACAGAUCAGCUGAUUGCCUCACCUCAUCUGGCGUUCCCAGGCACCACAGGACUGUUGGCAGCACAGUGUCUUGGGGCAGCAAGGGGCCUUGAAGCCACUGCUUCCCCAGGUCUCCUGAAGCCAAAGAAUGGAAGUGGUGAGCUGGGUUAUGGGGAAGUGAUGGGUCCCUUGGAGAAGCCUGGUGGAAGGCACAAAUGCCGUUUCUGUGCCAAAGUAUUUGGCAGUGACAGCGCCCUACAGAUCCAUCUUCGUUCCCACACCGGUGAGAGGCCCUAUAAGUGCAAUGUCUGUGGCAACCGUUUUACCACCCGUGGAAAUCUCAAAGUGCAUUUCCACCGCCAUCGGGAGAAGUACCCUCACGUGCAAAUGAACCCACAUCCAGUGCCAGAACACCUAGACUAUGUCAUCACUAGCAGUGGCCUGCCCUAUGGUAUGUCUGUGCCACCAGAGAAAGCUGAGGAGGAGGCAGCCAUGCCAGGUGGAGGUGUUGAACGAAAGCCUCUGGUGGCCUCCACCACAGCACUCAGCGCCACAGAGAGCCUGACACUGCUCUCCACUGGUGCAGGAACAGCUGCAGCUCCUGGGCUCCCUGCUUUCAAUAAGUUCGUGCUCAUGAAAGCAGUGGAGCCCAAGAGUAAAGCUGAUGAAAACACUCCCCCAGGGAGUGAGGGCUCAGCCAUCAGUGGGGUGACAGAAGGUGGCACAGCAACCCGCAUGCAACUAAGUAAGCUGGUGACUUCGCUACCAAGCUGGGCACUACUUACCAACCACUUCAAGUCCACUGGCAGCUUCCCCUUCCCUUAUGUGCUAGAGCCCUUGGGAGCCUCACCCUCUGAGACAUCAAAGCUGCAGCAGCUAGUAGAAAAGAUUGACCGACAAGGAGCCAUGGCAGUGGCUUCUACCGCCUCAGGAGCCUCCACCACUUCUGCCCCUGCACCUUCAUCUUCAACCUCUUCUGGACCUAACCAGUGUGUCAUCUGUCUCCGGGUACUGAGCUGCCCUAGGGCCUUACGCCUGCAUUAUGGCCAACAUGGAGGUGAGCGGCCUUUCAAAUGCAAAGUGUGUGGCCGAGCCUUCUCCACCCGAGGCAAUCUUCGCGCACAUUUUGUGGGCCACAAGGCCAGUCCAGCUGCCCGGGCCCAGAACUCCUGCCCCAUCUGCCAGAAGAAGUUCACUAACGCUGUCACUCUGCAGCAGCACGUUCGGAUGCACCUGGGGGGCCAGAUCCCUAACGGUGGCACCGCACUUCCUGAGGGUGGAGGAGCUGCUCAGGAGAAUGGCUCUGAGCAAUCUACCAUCUCUGGGGCAGGCAGCUUCUCCCAGCCCCAGUCCCAGCAGCCAUCACCAGAAGAGGAAUUAUCUGAGGAAGAGGAUGAGGACGAGGAAGAAGAGGAAGAUGUGACUGAUGAAGAUUCCCUAGCAGGAAGAGGUUCAGAGAGUGGAGGUGAGAAGGCAAUAUCAGUGCGAGGUGACUCGGAAGAGGCAUCUGGGGCAGAGGAAGAAGUGGGGACAGUGGUAGCAGCAGCCACUGAAAAGGAGAUGGUUAGCAAUGAGAAAGCGACUCCACAGUGUUCUCUGCCACCACCUCCUGACAGCCUGGAUCCACCUGAGCCAAUGGAGCAGGGAAGCAGUGAUGUUUCAGGAGGAGUGGAAGAGGGGGCCAAACCUGAGACGAGCUCAAGCCCAGCGACAGCACUCACCCAAGAAGAAGGAGGCACCAGCAUCCCCUUGGUGGAGGAGCUGAGUUUGCAGGAAGCCAUGAGAAAGGAGCCAGGGGAGAGCAGCAGCAGAAAGGCCUGUGAAGUGUGUGGCCAGCUCUUUUCCACCCAGACAGCUCUGGAGGAGCAUCAGAAGACCCACCCCAAGGAGGGGCUACUCUUCACUUGUGUUUUCUGCAGGCAGGGCUUCCUUGAGCGGGCUGCCCUCAAGAAGCAUAUGCUGCUGGCUCACCACCAGGUACCACCCUUUGCCCCUCAUGGUCCUCAGAGUAUUGCUGCUCUGUCAUUGGUCCCUGGCUGUUCAACUUCCAUCACUCCCCCGGGGCUCGCCCCCUUCCCUCGGAAAGAUGAUCCCACAAUCCCCUGAGCCAGUUUUCUGUACUUGAUACCCUUUGACCCAGGGAGCAGAAACCAGGAGCUCCAUAGAAGAACUUCAAGGAUUUUUGCGCCCUUAUUUUGUCUUUUUCUCUGCGUUCUUACUUAAUAUGUCUCUAGUGGCUUUUCUCUAGUCUCUGAGCUUAGAAAUUGUUGUGCUUAUUAACGGUAUAUCCCCCUAAGGAAUUCCUGUCCCCUCUUCAUUCUUUGUAACUGAGGAAAAUAGCUUCUCCACAGCUUUCACAUUCUCAAGGGGAAUCCUCUGCUCUUCCUCUUCUUUUCCCUUUGGCAGGUGCACCUGAGCACCCAUCUUUGGAAAUGCAGCCUGGCCCAAAGAGGCUGGCUGCUGUUGAGGGCCCAGUGCCACUCCUGGCUGGUGACCAGGUCACACCCUGCAGGGCAUCUUGUCCCAGGACCUUCCUGCCCAACUGGUGGCAGUGGUUUCCCUACCUUUCUGCAACCAGUACAUAGCUUUCCUGUCAUUUGGUUUGCCCACCAAGUCCUGGACCUCAGCUCCACCUCCACUACCACUUCAGGCCUGGCACCACCUCUGCUGUUUGGUGCAGGAACUGUGCCUGGAUGGUGGAUCCACAGAGGCCAAGGGGUCGAUAGCUUCCUUCCCAUCCCCCUUAUU